AAACAACAUUGAAGUUUAUUAGUCAAUGCAUUGAAUGUAUUGAAUGAGUGAUUCAAAUGUAAACACUUUUGAAUUGUGUCUGAAAAACAAACCACACAUUUGUGACCACUUUAUCACAUUAUCAAUCAAAAUGGUUUUGUCAAUCUAUAGUCUCUUAGAGACCGGACUUCUUAUAGUAAAUGCAAUCGUUGUCCUCAAUGAAGACCGCUUUCUCUCCAAAAUUGGUUGGGGACGGAAGUCACUAAAUAUGGCUCAACAAACAUAUGGUCAUCAAUCGGAAGGCAAUGUUAAGUCACAACUGCUUAAUAUGAUUCACUCGAUUCGUACUGUUAUGAGAGUUCCGCUUAUUUUUCUCAAUAUUAUUGUAAUAUUAUUUAAAUUUAUUUUUGGUUAAUUUAUUUUUGAAUAAAAUUUAAUCUGAAUUUUUUCUAAUG